AUGGACGAAAAUGACAUCGCGGACUUUACGAUGGACGAGAACACAUUUGUGACGAACGAGCAAAAUGAACGCGGACUGGCAACACAAGACAUCAACGCGCUCAACCUUGACAAAAUCAACGCAGAGACGUUUGAGGUGAUGUCUCGACAGGCCACGGUUAACAUUGGCACCAUUGGUCACGUGGCGCACGGAAAGUCCACCGUCGUGAAGGCAUUGAGCGGCGUCAAGACGCAGAAGUAUCACCGCGAGGCGGUGAUGAACAUCACAAUUCAUCUCGGGUAUGCCAACGCCAAGGUGUUCAAGUGUGACAAGUGCGAGCUUCCAGCCGCCUUCCACGCGUUUCCCUCGUCGCAGCCGGACAAAACGGAUUGCCCGACGUGUGGCUCGCCGCUAACACUGAAGCGUCACUUUUCAUUUGUGGACUGCCCCGGUCACGACGUGCUGAUGGCAACGAUGUUAAACGGUGCGGCCAUCAUGGACGCCGCUCUUCUUCUUAUUGCAGCCAAUGAGCCCUUUCCGCAACCGCAGACACUUGAGCACCUGAAGGCGGUGGAGAUUAUGCGACUAGCUAACCUAGUUAUUUUGCAGAAUAAGAUUGACCUUGUUGGCGAAGUACACGCGCAAGACCAGUAUCACAAGAUUCGAAACUACAUUGACAGCACAAUUGGAUCUAAUAUUCCCAUUAUCCCCAUUUCCGCUCAGCUUAAACGCAAUAUCGAUUACCUUUUGGAGUACUUGUGCCAUAUUCCUCUUCCGACCCGUCAGUUAAAUUGCCCUGCUCACAUGACGGUGGUGCGCUCCUUUGACAUCAACAAACCUGGUGAAGUGGACAUUGAGAACCUGCGUGGCGGCGUGGCGGGGGGCACUGUAACAAGGGGCAUUAUUCGAGUCAAUCAGGUCCUGGAGAUUCGCCCCGGCCAGGUGCAUGCGCAGACGGGUGGAACCUUCAGCUGCACUCCCCUGCGUACACGCGCGUUAACGCUGAAGGCGGAGGACAAUUCACUGCAGUACGCGGUCCCUGGUGGGUUAAUUGCCGUUGGUACCACACUUGAUCCAACAUUGACACGCCAGGACAAGAUGGUUGGUCACAUGAUUGCCGAUGAGGGAUCUCUCCCGGAGGUGUAUGCCGAGAUUGAGGUGCAGUACUUUCUCUUUGAAGAGAUGGUUGGGCGAAGCAAGCAGCGAGAUCGCAAUGCGAAGCGCGUACAGAAGUUGAACCUGCAGGAGACGCUUCAGAUUAACGUGGGCACUCUCACAGCAGGCGCGACUGUAGUAAACAUCACGAAAAACCCCGACAUUGCGAAGUUGACUCUAGUGACCCCCGUGUGUUGCACGCUGGACGAACACAUUGCCAUCUCUCGACUGGUGGAGAAGAACUUCCGUCUCAUUGGUUGGGGUAUUAUCCGACGUGGCGUACCGGUAAAGUUGAACUGA